AUGCCGCCACCCGAGACGAGUCCCUGUCGUCAGGGUGAUGUCAAAGCAGCAGGGCGGGAAGGAGACAGGGAGACGGCGGCGCGAACUUUGUUGCCCUCAAGCCGCCAGGGCCUUGUUGGCAACAGGGUGUGCGUGGCAGAGGAAAAGAGGCUCCGGACUCAGCUAUUUGAGGAAUGCAGUGACCUGCUGGGAGUUCGGAGAAGCCAAGCUGACCUCCAGAGGCCCAGCGGCACUGAGGAGCCACGUGGAGCCGCAUCUCUGCCUCCCACUGCAGGGCCAGUGUCCACAUUAGAGGACCGCAACACCAUGCUCCUCAGCCUAGAGAGCCCCGCAAUCCCCAAGAAUCUUGGCACAAACACCCUACACAUAAGAGACGUCCGAGUGCCAGCAGAAGAAUCCCAUGUCGCCACAUCAACACCAUCAUCUGCACCAGGAACACCUGCACCCACCAGCACCGAGACACCGGGUCAGAUCAACUACUUUCAGGCCCAGGGUAAAGUGUUGAUCUGCGGAGACCUAAAUGCCAGGACAGGAUCUUUAGCCGACUACAACUCAGAUGAAGGUAAUAACCAUAUAUUCGGCAGCGAUUAUCCAUCAAACAUGGCGGCGGAGGCGGAGGUGAGCGUCGAGCCGGACCCCACCCCUUCUUCUCCCCCCCGCGUCCCAGCCUCGGGCCCCGGCCCUCGGCUCCAGGUGCAGCGCUCGCUCUCGCGCGACACCAUCACCAUCCACUUCUCCGCCCAGGGCCGCGAGGACGACGAUGACGACGAGGAGCUCUACGGCACGCCGCUGGCCACGGCCCUUGAGGCCAGCGAGGAGUUCAACAGCCACGAGGCGGCCUCCUCCUCGGCCGCUCCGCACGCCCACACCCCCGCUGUGGCCAUCCUGCAGUCCUCCCCCUCGGCCUCCUCCUUCUCCUCCAUCAGCUCCUCCUGGCCCUCCGACGCCCCUCCCCAGGCCCUCGCCGGGGCCUCCACGCACCCCCUGUCCUCCAGCGCCUCACCGGUCCGAGUGGCAGCAGCGGCGGCGGCGCCACCAGCUUCGGCUCUGCCGUCCAAGCCCUUCCUCGGCCUGGUCAAGUCCCUCUCCUCGGACGUGGAACCCAGGGAGCCCCGGGAACCCCCAGUGGUGCCGGCGGCCGGCGUCACAUCUCCCUCGGCCCGCCAAUCGCAGCAGCGACGUCACCUGAUGAAGACGCUGGUCAAGUCGCUGUCCACCGACACGGCCAAGCCCACCGACGUGGACUCGCGCUUCAACCGCAACCUGUUCAAGUCCUUCGGCCAGUCGCGCCCGGGGGCCCUGCACUCGGCGGCGCCCGGGGGCUCUCCCUCGGCAGCCAUGGGUGACUCCAAGACGGCGCCGUCGUCGCCGCUGGCCUCCCCGCUGGACGGCCGGCCGUCCUCCUCGUUCUUCAAUGUGCCCGAGGUGGAGGCGCGCAUCGAGGACACGCGCCGGCGUUUCUCGGAGGUCAUGAGCGAGCCGCUGCACCUGCUCAGCAAGUUCAUGGGCGAAGAGGGUAGCGGCUUCGCCGCCAGCACGCGCACAAGAACCCUCUCGUCCAGCGCCAGCGAGCUGACCAGCCUGGCCGGCCUGAACGGACACCCCGAGAGUGGCAGCUACAGCAUCAAGGAGGAGGAGGGCGACAUGGAGGACGAGAGCGAGGACAGGAGGGAGGGCAGCAGCUACAGCAUCCCCAGGGUCAGUCGGAUGGUCUCAUGUCCGGGCCUGGAGAUGGGCACCAUGGCCUCGGUGCUGCCACUGCCCCCCCGCUCGCCCUCGCUGGCGCUUGACCGCUGCAUGUCGGCGCUGGUCAGGCAGGAGGACGAGGAGUUCUGCGAGCUGUACAGCGAGGACUUCGAGCAGGAGUCAGACACGGAGACCGAGGGGUGGCGAGCGGGCGAUGGCCAGCGCCGCCACAGCAGCCUGACGGGCGCCUACAGCCAGGGCGACACCGACGACGAGGACGAUGAUGAUGACCAGGAGGAUGACCAGGCGCCCGGCGUGCCCCAUAACUGCUUGCUGCUUAUCAUUUCUGUGGUGUACGGCUACUUUGUGCUGCCACUGCCACCCUACGUGGAGGCGGUGCUGAUGGGCAUGGCUGCGGGCUUCAUGCUGGCCAUCCUGGUGGUGUGGCUCUCAGCCCCCCGCCACUCGGCCUUCACCUACUCCUCUUUGCCCAGUAGACGCCGGGGUGACCGGUGGAACCUGACGCCGCUGGACAUCAAGGAGCCAGGGGUUUUUAAGGGCUGGAUGAAUGAGAUCCUGAGCUAUGACCCAGAGACGUACCACGCCACCCUUACCCACUCGGUCUUUGUGCGGCUGGAGGGCUCCACGCUGCGCCUGUCCAAACCCGGUCGCAACAUCCCCCGUCGAGCCUCCUUCAAUGAGCCCAAACCCGACGUCACCUACAUCAGCCAGAAGAUCUAUGACCUCACUGACAGCAAGAUCUCUCUGGUGCCUCAGAGCCUGGCUAGAAAGCGCGUGUGGAACAAAAAGUACCCCAUCUGCAUCGAGCUGGGCCCCCAGGAGGACUUCAUGGCCAGGGCCCAGGGAGACCGGCCCGAGGCUGGGGACGAGAGGCCCCCCCCUGGGGCUGAGCGGUCGGAGGGCGGCAGUGCACGGAGCGAGGAGACGCUGGUGCGGAGGUCGUCCGGCGACCUCACGCUCUACCUCUUCGGACGGACUGGACGCGAGAAGGAGGAGUGGUUCCGGAGGAUUCUGUUUGCGUCGAGGCUCAAGUCAGAGGCAAGGAGGCCUGCCAGCAUAGCGGGGGUUUUCCUGCCCGCUCACGGGGGCCUGUCUAAUAGCCGCAGCAGUAGUCGAGGCAGUCUGGAGGAGGCGCUGCAGCCCCAGCCGCCGCGGCCCAGGGAGCUGCCCGUGGGGCUCAAGCUCAAAGUGCUGGACUACAGUGUGUACAUGGCCCAGUAUGUGAGCACAGGUGCCACCAGUCACCCCGCCAGCCCCUUGCCCAGUGCAGCCAGCAGCCCAGGGGCCGGCAAAAAGGUGCCUGACAAUGAGGAGGAAUGCUCUGAGUCUGAGGCCUGGGUGAACGCUCUGCUUGGGAGGAUCUUCUGGGACUUUUUAGGGGAGAAGUACUGGGCCGACAUGGUGUCCAAGAAGAUCCAAAUGAAACUGAGCAAGAUCCGGUUGCCAUACUUUAUGAAUGAGCUGACAUUGACCGAACUGGACAUGGGCAUCACCAUCCCCAAGGUCCUGAAGGCCUCCAGACCCUAUGUAGAUCAUCAAGGCUUGUGGUUUGAUCUGGAGAUCUCCUAUCACGGCUCCUUCCUAAUGACGCUGGAGACAAAGAUGAACCUGUCCCGGCUGGGGAAGGAGGGAGAGGGGCUCGGUGAACAGGGGAAAGAGGGGCCAAGGCCGAGGACGUACUGCUUGGCUGACAGUGAUGAAGAGUCAUCUAGUGCUGGAUCAUCAGAUGAAGAGGAGCCGCAGGAAGUUUUCACAGAUAAAGCUGUUCCUCCUGGGGCCGAGAGUUACGUUGGUGGCCACCGGCCCAGCAAGAUCAUACGCUUUGUGGACAAGAUUGCCAAGUCCAAGUACUUCCAGAAAGCCACUGAAACGGAGUUCAUCAAGAAGAAGAUGGAGGAGGUGUCCAACACCCCUCUGCUGCUCACCGUAGAAGUGCAGGAGUGCAAAGGGACGCUGGCUGUCAACAUCCCUCCACCCCCCACCGACCGAAUAUGGUAUGGCUUCCGGAGCCCACCGCACGUUGAGCUGAAAGCUCGACCCAAACUGGGAGAAAGAGAGGUUACUUUUGCCCAUGUGACCGACUGGAUUGAGAAAAAAUUGGACCAAGAGUUCCAGAAAAUAUUUGUCAUGCCAAACAUGGAUGAUGUUUGGCUACCCAUCAUGCACUCUGCAAUGGACCCGCGCUCAAACACAAGUCUGGUAGUGACAACGGACACUUUAAAGGAAAGUGAGCUCUCCUCUGACGCUGAGCUCUCCACUCAGAGUGACAUGUGACAAAACAGCUCUGUUCAGGGAAAGGGAAGAAACAACAUUCAUGGAAGAGUGAUGUGGUGUUCCCUGGGACGCAGGUCACCAGUGGACAUAGAAGGUGAAAGCAGAAGAAACUAAUGGCUUCCUCUGGACAAGACUUUUGAAGGAGAGUUGAUGAGAGAAUGGGGC